CGGCUGUCGCCGCGGUGACCGUCCUCGGAGUCCGUCGGCUCGCGCCCCGCCCCCGUUCCUGCUGCCCCCUCCCCUGUCGCGCGCGGGGGGUGUUUCUCGCUCCUCCCGAGUUGCCGCGGUCUCCUCCGCUCCUCCUCUCCCAGUCUUGGGUUUCCCUGGCGCUGUUGCCGCUGGUACCUCUGCGGUCUGUAUGAGGAGGAGGAGGAGGAGGAUGUGAAGAUGGCGGAGCUGCAGAUGCUGCUGGAGGAGGAAAUCCCGGGGGGCCGCCGGGCCCUCUUCGACAGUUACACGAAUCUGGAGCGGGUGGCCGAUUACUGCGAGAACAACUACAUCCAGUCAGCAGAUAAGCAGAGAGCCCUAGAAGAAACCAAAGCCUACACCACCCAGUCCUUAGCAAGUGUUGCCUAUCUGAUAAAUACGUUGGCCAACAAUGUCCUGCAGAUGCUGGAUAUCCAGGCAUCCCAGCUACGAAGGAUGGAAUCGUCAAUCAAUCAUAUUUCACAAACUGUUGAUAUUCAUAAAGAGAAAGUUGCAAGAAGAGAAAUUGGUAUUUUAACUACCAACAAAAACACUUCAAGGACACAUAAGAUUAUUGCUCCAGCCAACCUUGAACGACCGGUUCGUUAUAUUAGAAAACCUAUUGACUAUACAAUUCUAGAUGAUAUUGGACAUGGAGUAAAGUGGUUGCUUAGAUUUAAGGUGAGUACGCAGAAUAUGAAGAUGGGUGGGCUGCCGCGUACCACACCUCCAACUCAGAAACCCCCCAGUCCCCCUAUGUCAGGGAAAGGGACUCUUGGGCGGCACUCCCCCUAUCGCACACUGGAGCCAGUGCGUCCUCCAGUGGUACCAAAUGAUUACGUACCUAGCCCAACCCGUAAUAUGGCUCCCUCGCAGCAGAGCCCUGUAAGGACAGCUUCUGUGAAUCAAAGAAAUCGAACUUACAGCAGUGGGAGUAGUGGAGGAAGCCACCCAAGUAGUCGGAGCAGCAGUCGGGAGAACAGUGGAAGUGGGAGUGUGGGAGUUCCCAUUGCCGUUCCCACUCCCUCUCCUCCCAGUGUCUUUCCAGCCCCAGCUGGCUCUGCUGGUACUCCUCCCCUUCCUGCCACUUCUGCAUCUGCCCCUGCCCCUCUUGUUCCUGCUUCUGCCCCUUCCUCCACUGCCCCAGACGCCGCUGUGGGGGGUGUCCAGACCCUUGCUGAUGGCUUCACUUCUCCAACUCCCCCUGUUGUUUCUUCUACCCCCCCUACAGGUCAUCCUGUUCAGUUCUACAGCAUGAAUAGACCUGCCUCUCGCCAUACUCCCCCCACAAUAGGGGGCUCGUUGCCCUAUAGACGCCCUCCUUCCAUAACUUCACAAACAAGCCUUCAGAAUCAGAUGAACGGAGGACCUUUUUAUAGCCAGAAUCCAGUAUCUCUUGCUCCUCCUCCUCCCUCCGUCCUACAGGGAACUCCUCAGUUACCUUUAAUGGGAUUUGUGGCCAGAGUUCAAGAAAAUAUUUCAGAUACACCACCACCACCACCACCUGUAGAGGAACCAGUCUUUGAUGAAUCUCCCCCUCCACCUCCUCCCCCAGAAGAUUACGAAGAGGAAGAAGCAGCCGUGGUUGAGUAUAGUGAUCCUUACGCUGAGGAGGACCCUCCAUGGGCUCCGAGGUCUUAUUUGGAAAAAGUUGUGGCAAUUUAUGAUUAUACAAAAGACAAGGAAGAUGAGCUGUCCUUUCAGGAAGGAGCCAUUAUUUAUGUCAUCAAGAAGAACGACGAUGGUUGGUAUGAGGGAGUUAUGAAUGGAGUGACUGGGCUCUUUCCCGGGAAUUACGUGGAAUCUAUCAUGCAUUACUCUGAGUAAAGCUCAGCAUGGCUGUUUCCCUCACAGGAAUAGUCAGGUCUUCCCAGAUUAUCAAAAGGCCCUGGGAUUCCCCUCCAGUGGAAGUGAAUGAAGGAUACAAAUGAUAAAAACUACUUAUGUUUUUUUUUUUCUUUCGGUUUAUCCCCCAGUAUUAAAACAAACAAAAAAGCAAGCUGAGUGUGAACAAUUGGAUCUUUCUGCCAUCAUUUGUACUAUGCUGAGCUAUCUGGAUUGAAAUAAAGUGACCAUUUCUGAACAUGUCACAGGUAUAACAGCAUAACUGUGUGAAACAAAUCAGGUUAAGACUGAUUCAGAACAAAAUCUGGGAUCUUUCUCAGGAAUACUGUACACCCGUGGGAUUUCUCCUCCUGCAGUCUGUGGCAUUGGAUGUUCUUCGGGGCCUGUGCUAGGGGUUAGCCUUGUGGCCGACCUCGUGUGAGGAGGAGGGAACCCAUAUUUAAAUACCAUACUUAACCAUUUUUAUAGUUUCAGAUGGCUCAUUUCCUCUUUGACACUGUAAAUUCUGCAUUCUCUCAGCACUUGAGUGCACCAGAGUUAAUGCUGAACUGACCUGCACCCUUCAUGUUUCUGUUUGUAGAUGAUGAGAGUGAUGAAACGAGUCUCCAAACAUCCUGAGGGUGUUUGACAAUUGCCAGUUUGAUUGUAAUGUGCUGCUGCUGUGUGACACUGCAUUGCCGCUGAUGGCCAGUGCGUCGCAGGUGUGGGGUGCUGUAGCCUGGCGCGCACGCUGACUGGGCGGCGCGUAAAGCUAGACGGGAAGGUUCCUAAGGUUCUGGAGAUUGAACUGUAGAAACGCUCUGCUCACUAGGCAUCCUAAACCCGUGCCUUAGGCACUUUUGAGGAAGAGGAUCUUGGAAGUCAGACCAACUAUUUCUUAACUUCUUUCACUAUUUAGAAAAAUAUUCUUUUCUGAAAAUAGCGGUUUUCAAGUUUCUUGAUAGUUGCUGGGAAUAAAAGGCUUCUUGCUACUGUGCUCUCAGAAUGUUACUAAUGGCCAGUGUUAGCUGCUGUUGGGUUGUUUACUCAACUCCACAAAACAUAAAUACUCUCCUGAUUUUGUGGUUGGCUUCUGAAGUAGCUGCCCUUGGUAAGAAUUUGAACCUUAUAUCUCAGACUGAGAAUAGUGGGAAGGCCAGUUAUGUAGAUAAAAACUGACAUAACUUUGAGAGAAUAAAGUAUUGAUUUAUCUGCCUAAUUAUAGCUUCAAAUUCAGUGGAGUUUGUAAGGCAGAUGGCUUUUAAUCAUCGCUUGUCUCCUGCAAUCAGUAUAAUAAUUUUUAAAAGCCAGGAGGGCUUGCUGCUCAGCGGGUAGAUACUGUGGUGAUGGACUAGCUCGCCGUCAGGCCCAAAGCUUCGCGGGUUCUUCCCAGGCCCAGUGACUUGGCCAGAAGAGAGCUUUGCCAGGUAGCGUCUCUGUGCUGGGUCAAAGGGGAGAAGCAGUAGCAAACCUUGGACAGGUUUGAACUGCCCAGGUCUACUUAUACGUGGAUUGUUUUUCAGUAAAUAUCCAGUCGGCCCUCCAUAUCCCCAGGUUUUGCAUUUGUAGAUUCAUCCAAACACAGAUCAAAAAUAGCAUUUUCGAGCUACAGUUGCGAAUCCACAGACGUGGAGGAGCAACUGUGUGCGUUGUUUUACACCAUUUCCUAAAAGGGACUUGAGUGUCUCUGAGGAUUUUGGUAUCCAAAGGGGGGGGUCCCUCACAGAUACUGAGGGCUGCCUGUAGUUAAGUUUUGGGGAAUCAACAAUUAUAGGUGGGUUUUCAGUUGCAUGGGAGUCAGUGCCCUUAACCUCUGUUGUUCAAGGGUCAACUGUGUUUCACAUGUAGGCCUUGAACGUGAGAUAGUGCGGAUAGAGGAACUUGAAAAAUGAACAUGCAUAUUAGUGUGUGAGGGAGUUCAGGUGGUGGAGGCAGAAGUUAACAUUCCACUUGUGAACCUGUUGUCUGAGCACAAAACUUCAUCAUUUGACUGAAACUCAGAUACAGUUUCCUUACCUUUUUUCUGCUUGUUUUAACGUUGCAGGGUUUCUGCCCACAUACUGCAAGUCAGCUAUUUUGCUUUUAGCUCUCUCCAACACUUUGAAUUUAGCUGCCAUUCACUUGCCUUCAGUCUACAUUCCACUUCAUGCUUUUUUUAGGUCAGCUCGACAUCAUUUAUUCCAUCUUCCUUCAAAGUAAAGGACCUGGCUGACCUCUGAGCCUUCAGCUUCAUUACAGACCCAAUCCAGACCAUACUUGGUUAAACUCUUCUUCGUGUUGGUUUGUAACUAGGAAAACUGAUUUGAAAUUAGAUGUUCCAGUUAUUUCAGUAGCUUUUUAUUGAGAAAGCUUAGUGGAUUUAAUAAGGCAGAGGGUAUUUUGAAGUCCAACAAACAGUUCCCACAGCUCACACCUACAGAAGUGGAGAAGAUAAUUGUAACAAGAGUUGGUGGCGGUCGGCUUGCCUGGUGGACCCCUGCUAGGAGGGGGUGUAGAAGACAUUGGUGAAGGCCUGCAGCAGGGGGUCCAUGGGUCCACUGAUGUUUUCUAUAUCAUUUAGUACUAAUGUGAAUGUGACUUCUUUUUAAAAACAAUACCUGUUGGAUUUUCUGCAUAUUUUAAAUUUUUGUAGUUUUGAAUUCUAUAUAUUGUGUUGGAAGGAUACUAUGUAAUAAUGAUGGGCCAGGCCUACAGUAAUUGGAGACUUUUAAUGUAUGUAAUAUUUCAUAGAUUGCAUGCUAUUAAUAGUCUGAGGCUAGUAUUUCACGUUUUAUCAUAUGUUUUCCCCAUUUUUCUUUUUAUAAACUACAAGACAAGACAGUUGGCAGUAGGAAUUCCAGACUGUAGAAAUACUACAUGCUACAUAAAAUGGGGCAAAGAUGUUCCAAGUCCAAAAUCUGCUGACCAGUGAGUGACCGUGUUAUCAGGACAGAGAGAACCUUACGAGGGGAUUUUCCCCUCCUGAAAUGUUUCUUAUUGACGUGGUGUUCACUCCCUUUCCUUUUUUUUUUUUUUUAAAAAAAAAAGUGAAGAGUUGUUCCUUUUUUUUAAAACAGUUUUUGAUAGAACUGUUUGAAAGGCCAUGGAAAUGUGGGUGAAAUACACUUGUUGACCUCAUGGCUAAGGCAAUAAAUCUGAAACAAAAAUAGUGUUAAUGUGUCAAAAUCUAGACCUGAGAGAUUCAGUCUGCUGUGUUUGAAAUAAAUAUGAAUCUUGUAAGAUGUCUUCUCAGUAUUUUCCAUCUUUUGCCACUUGCUGUCUCCCUCAGGGGCACCUCAGGGUUGGCAAGGGCCUGUGCGUUGCUGGUUCCUGAGUUACCAGUGAGACAUUUGACUCUCCCCUUCCUUCCCCUCCCACUUCAGCUUAUUACCCAGCUAGAGAGACUGUUUUGUGCAUCUUUCCGGUGAUGUCCGUAACGGAAUUGUGUUCCUUAGCAGUCUAUGCUAAGAUGAUUACUUAAGAUUUUUCUGUUUGGAGGCAUCAAAAUGAUGGUAGUUUGCUGGUUUUUUUGUUUGUUUUUUCAUCCUUUUGUGUUCAUUUUCUUUUAGCAGGUGACCUUUCUGCAUUAGGAACUGUUCUCUUUUUAAGGCCACCUUUCCCUUUGAAAAGGAUUUGGUGGAGGAGUUGGCAGGUGACUUGCAAGUUUUUGAAAAGAAUGGAUCUGAAUCACUUCAGAACUUCUUUGGCCAGGAACUCCUAAUUGGUGUUAAGGUGAUAAUUUCUGUCACAUGAUUUACUUGGAAUCAUAGAAUUGUAGAGCUAGAUUUUAUUUAGUCUCAUGUUACCGAUGAGAUUAGAUGUUUCAGUUCAGAUAAAAGCUAGUUAAUAACAGUCAAGUUCCUGACUCAGUGCUGCUCGGGUACUCUUUCUACAACUGUCUUAAUUGAAUGUGGUGUAUGUUUCUUUGAAAAUUAAGAGUCUACUUGAUGUCUUCAGGAAGAUACUUGAAAAGAUAUGCUAUGGUUCGAUAAACACCAAGUAUUCAGACUUGUUUAAAUAAAUGCGUGUACUAAGUACAACCCUAAUCAGUGAAAAAGCUUCAUUUUAAUUCUUCUAAAACUACACUCAGUACAAAUGGUCUUUUCCAUUAGGUGUAUGCAGCAAAAAUAUUUCAGCACUGGCAGGAGCACAGCAAACAGCCUUAUCUGAGAGAGCCUUAUAAAACAGUUCUUUAUGUUAAACAGAGGCACUGAGCUCACUACCUUACGUUUACUGUAUGCUCAUCUUCAUUCCCAUUUCUUAUUGAGAAUCUCAUAAUUCUUUUAAAAAAACUGACAAAUGAAAUGACAGGGCCUAGCUGUGUGUAUAAGUGAUCCUUGCUCAAUACCUUGAGAUUUUUUUGUAAAAAAAACCCCAAAAAACAAAAAGCUUAUUUUCACAUUAAAAUGGAACCCGCCUUUUGCAACCAGAAUUCUAUGAAAAGCAGUUUUUGUGUCCAUGCAUCUUUUUUCUUAACAACAAAGUGGUUUACAAAAAAGAAUGUAAACAAUUUGUGAUCUGGCCAGUUGUACUUUUAGCUCCCAGAGGGCGAGGACUGGUGUUGAGUUUAGGAAAAAACCAUGCAGGAAAACCUGAGGGAGCUGUCUGUUGCCAGUGAUGUUUCUUGUGUGUGCCAUUAAUCACCUCCAUGAGCGGGGGGGAGCAUUCACUUUUUAAUUUUAAAAUUGUACUUGGAAUUGUUGCUGUGUACUAACUUGACCUAAAUAAAAUCCCACAAAGUAUA